AUGGCUUCAAAGUACCCAGAGAAGAAGUGCGGUGUCCUCGGUGCCACUGGGUCCGUCGGCCAGCGCUUCAUCCUCCUGCUCCAGGACCACCCCUUCCUCAAGCUCGUCGCUGUCGGCGCAUCACCCCAGUCCGCGGGGAAGAAAUAUCGCGAUGCCGUCAAGUGGAAGCAGUCCACGCCCAUGGGCGCUGUGGGCGACUUGGUCGUCAAGGAGUGCAAGUCGAGCGAGUUUCUGGACUGUGACAUCGUCUUCAGCGGUCUGGAUGCGAACAUAGCAGGUGAAGUUGAAAUGGACUUCCUCAAGGCCAACCUGGCCGUCUUCUCCAACGCUAAGAACUACCGACGCGACCCCCUCGUUCCCCUUGUCGUACCCACCGUCAACCUGCCGCACCUCGACCUCAUCCCCCACCAACGGAAACAUCACAACCUCGAAAAGGGGUUCCUAGUCUGCAAUAGCAAUUGUGCCGUCAUCGGCCUGGUGAUCCCUUUUGCUGCCAUGCAGGCACGCUUUGGCCCCAUCGAGACCGUGUCGGUCGUCACCAUGCAGGCCGUGAGCGGCGCGGGCUACCCUGGCGUGAGCUCGAUGGACAUCAUCGACAAUGUCGUGCCGUUCAUCUCUGGCGAAGAGGACAAGCUUGAGACGGAGGCCCAGAAGAUCUUGGGCGGCAUCAACGCCGAUGCCACAGCCUUCGAGGAGCUUAAGAGCCUCAAGGUGUCGGCCUCGUGCAACCGGGUGCCAGUCCUGGACGGCCAUACCGCCUGCGUCUCGCUCCGCUUCGCUAAGCGGCCGCCGCCGAGCGCGGAGGAGGUCAAGGAGGCGCUCAGGGAAUACGUGAGCGACGUGGAGAAGCUGGGUUGCCCGUCCGCACCCAAGCCGAGCAUCAUGGUGUUUGGGGACGACCAGCCCGACCGGCCCCAGCCGAGGCUCGAUCGUGAGCUCUCAAGGGGAUACACGGUGAGCGUCGGUCGAGUGAGGGAAGACGAGAGCGGAAUCUUUGAUCUCAAGUUUGUGGCUUUGAGCCAUAAUACUGUCAUUGGAGCAGCGGGCUCUUCGAUAUUGAACGCCGAGGCCGCUGUGCUCAAGGGCUAUGUUUAG